AAUUAGUUAAUCGUUGAGAAGCAGUUUGGAUAAAAGUCUGGAUUUAUUUGCUGCUUUGAGAAUGACCUUUAAGCUGAAUUCACAACUGGACAGUAAGGAUUCGUAAUAGAUCCUAACUGUCAAUCUACUUGUGUGUGCGUUCAGCUGGUAUGAACGAAAAUAUUAAACAGAAAGAUUUUUGAAUGAAUUCUGGUGGUCAAACUACCCACCCCACCCCAAUGCUCACUGCGCAUGCGUCACUGUGUCUUUAACAAACUGAGGACACUGAGCGCGUUAACAGCCGCUGGAACAUUACUCUUCUCUCCUGCAAUAUGAAAAAUAAAAAUUUCAAGGAUUUCUUCUGGAACCAAGACCUGAUCUGCACCGUUGGCUACGACACUAUCAUCCAGUAUCUCAACGAUGGGAAGAGGACGUGCAAGGAGGUGGAGGAGUUCAUGAAAGCCAGAGCAUCUAUUGAAGAGAAGUAUGCCAAAGAUCUCCUUGGUUUGUCCAAGAAGGUGUGUGGACACAAUGAGAUGAACACAUUAAAAAGAUCCCUGGAUGUGUUCAAAUUACAGACUGAAAAUGCAAGUCUGUCACACUUACAACUGGCGCAGAGCAUGAGAGACGAGGCCAAGAAACUGGAAGAAUUCAGAGAAAAACAAAAAGAAGCGAGGAAAAAGAUAGAACAACAGAUGGAUGCUCUGCACAAACACAAGUCUUCACAGUUCAAAAAGACAAUGGAUUCAAAGAAGAUAUACGAGCAGAAGUGUCGAGAGAAAGAAGAAGCGGAUCAGAAUGUAAACCGAAACGCCAACAACACCAAGCACAUAGAGAAGCUCCACUCUAAAGCACAGCAAGCAAAACAGAAUGCAGAGGAAGCAGACAGGUUGUACCAGCAGAAUGUGAUCACGCUGGGAAAUAUUCGAGAUGAAUGGCUAAAGGAACACGUCAAGGCAUGUGAGAUGUUUGAAAAACAGUCAAUGGAGCGCAUCAACUUUCUGAGAAAUGCAGUUUGGACUCACCUCAACCAGCUGUCCCAGCACUGCGUGACCAGUGAUGAGCUCUAUGAGGAAGUGAGGAGGUCACUGGAACAGUGUGAUGUUCAGGAAGAUAUUGAACACUUUGUAAACCUCAGACGGACUGGUGAUAAACCACCAGCUGCAGUAAAGUAUGAGAACUUCUACAGUGGUCAGAAGCCUCCAACCCGAGCUCCACCCUCUCAACCACCGCCAAGCAUCAGGAGGAGGCCACUACCUGACCCAACACACCGCGGUGAGGGUGAUACAGUCUAUUCACCAGUGGAGGAUGGAGGAUACAGUGUUAUCCAGUACUAACACACAGAUCAGCAGGAGGAGUUACAGUAUGUCUUGUGCAGUGUCAGAGCUUAAUGGAAAUGAGGUUGACCUGCGUCUCAUUAUUUCCUCUUUGUUUCUUUUUUUGAUAAAGUUGUACCAGAUGUCAAAUUUGAGCCAUAACUGUGUACAUACAUAUUUUAGGUGAGGUUUUGAAUAUAUAUAUCACUGUGUUAUAAACAGUAGAGUAAACAUCUUAUUUUAACAUUCCUGUGUUUUUACAAUCAGAACAGGCUAAAAUGAGUAUUGUGGUGAAAUUGACUUUCUGUAAAAUGAUACAGAAGCUGAUUAGGUAAUAAAUAAACCCAUAACUUUGACUUCUAUCUAAUCACUGUAUAACUAAUUUCCACUAUCCAAAUAGAGCUUAUUUAUUGCCCAUGUUUGUGAAGCAAGGCUCUAAUGCAAAAGUGUGACUUUACCAUUAGUAUUCUAUUUUAGAAUCUAUGUACUUCUCAAAUUUUAAAGAGAGUCUCAAAAUAAGAAUGUGUCAUAUGAUAUUACUUCCUCUUUGAUGUGAGAGUGGACUGAGAUCUUGUGAGCAGACAGAUACACUCUUUAUCUAAAGUGCACAGCCUAUUGGCCACUUAAUUCUUCUAGUCAAUAUCCAGCUUUG